CAACCCGGAAGUGAAAAGCAAAGAGGAGGACCUACCGGAAGUGAGGAAAGCGGGCUUUUUGAAACCGUAAACUCGUUUCUGUUUUCCCCAGUUGUACAAGAUAGUUGCAACAUGUUGAACAAGGCACCGAAGUUGAAAAACACGGUCAAAUCAAAGAUGAAGAGUAACACUAUCGUGAGGCCGACGACUGAAGCCAUGAUUGAGCUCCUCGCUCUGCUCUUCCUGAACAAUUUGGCCGAAGAGGCAAAGACGAAAGCCUUUGAGGAUAAAUCUGCUAUAAUCAGGGACCGACACGUCAAAGCUGUCUCCAAGGGUGUCAACUUUGCUUCCCUGCUGUGAGGCUUGGCACAUAUAGGUCAUGGAAAAAGAGAUGGAACAUGCAUGCAUGAGGACGGGGGGAUCGUGUCGGGACGUGAAGCUCUCUGGGAUGUUUAAGGAGGAGACAAUGACAUGAUGAGAGAGCCAGCCCAGCCAGCUUCGGAACCAUAAGGUCACUGAGUGCUCGUAGAGGUCGGCUGAACUCUAUGUGAUCGGGGGUAUAUAUACUACAGUCAUAUACGAUAUGGACAGACAUAGACACAGACAGACAGGAGACACUUUACAAUGUUUUCAUACACAUAUAUAGCCGUCCCUCAAGUGCUCCAUAUACAGUACAGUGCUCUAAGUAACUGUCAUUCAAGUAUAAAAAGAAGUGGAACAGUGCAUCUCAAAGCAAAAUUAUUUAGCCUUUUAAUGGCAGUGCAGUCGUCCCUCGUUUGUAGCUGUUAAUUGCUUCCAGACCUGGCUGCGUUAAAUGAAAUUCUGUGAAGUAGGAUUCAAUACAUGGAAUAUUUCCAUAUAGCUAGAGCAUUGAAAACCUCUAAAUAAUGUAUUUUUUUGUUUACACAUUAUUAGAGUCCUGUAGACAAGAAAUAACACCCCUACACUCACCUUUACACGCCCAUUAUUCAUUGUUUACAACACAUUGCAAGUCUUAUACUGCAAGCUCACCAUUUAUCUUCAAAUUUAUGUCUUCAAAACUUAAGAAGCCAACAACUUACCACUUUCACACGGGAUGGGAGAACUUUUUUCCCCACUGUAUUGUGUCAGACGCGUUAUGUCUGACUUCAUGCUAGUGAUGUGUGGAGGGAUGCUGUAAUAACGAUAUCAAAAUAUAGAUGAUACAUCAGUCAAUUCAGGAGACAUUUGACUUUUGGGGCCCCUCUGCUUUAGUUGCUCACUGUGCUAAAGUCUCACAAGAUUGAAGUUUAUGAGCCAUCUCAAAGGUAUAUUUGUGAAUUCAUAUUGUGGUCCGAUGUCUCCCUGCAGCCCC